AUGAAGCUCUCCUACCUCUCCAUAUUCCUUUUCUCCUCCGCUUCUACUGCGGCGGUCAAUCGUACCGCUACCAAUGGCUGGGGCUCUACCCCCGCUCAGAGGCAUUACAUCGAUGCCGCCCAAGCUGGCCAGGCGAUCCAAGCUGCAGUGGCAUAUUCUGACGCCAAUGGCCUAGCAAACAACAUCGCCAUCUACGACCCCUCGAGUCGCCUCGUCGCCUUCCUCCGCAUGGACAACGCCUACCUCGGCAGCGUGGACAUCAGCAUGAAGAAAGCGCAGACGGUCACGUACUUCAACGGCCUCUUCCCGUCGUACGGGCUGUACAACCGCUCCAAGCCCGCGGGCGACUUGUGGGGAAUCGAGGAGACGAAUGGCGGGUUGGUGGUGUUUGGCGGCGGGCAGCCGAUUUACGACGACGAUGGGUACUUUAUUGGGGCUAUUGGGGUGAGUGGCGGGACGGUGACGCAGGAUGUUGAUACGGCUGUUGCGGGGGCGCAGGCGGUGGGGAGUACGUUGACGGAUUAUACGGUUGAUUGGACGAGUUGUGAGGCGGUGGGGUGUUGUGCGCCUUAUUGUUCGAAUCAUCUGUAA